ACUUUGAAAUCAGUUGUCAGUAAAGCAGUGUUUAUUGCAAUCGAAGUUUUAAAUUAACCGGUUUUUACACCUUCGUUUCGGAAAAAGUGUGCUAUUUGUUGGAAUUUCCUCUCGAAGGAUUAAAAGACUCGAAAAUGUGACUUUAAACUAGAAAAUCAGCGAUUGUAAAGGAGACAGAGAGAUUGAGAUGCGGUACAUUGGAAAACAAGAGCAUUCUACAGGGUGACCAAGGCAGUUAGGAUUUCCCGCAACCCUCUCUACAAUCUUAAACCUGACUCCAACAGCCCACAAAGAACGAUGCAUGAAGAUGGAUUUCUUCGUGGACAAGCAGAAAGAAUUAUGCGCCAAAUACGACAAAAUUUUACCGAUCAUUGGAAACGGCGCCAAACUGGCCAUCGAAGAGUGCCAGACGCAGUUCGCCUACACCCGAUGGAACUGCACAACUUUUGCCGAAAAAAACAACACUUUCGGCAAUGUGGCCACCAUAAAAAGUCGCGAAGCUGCUUACCUGAACGCGAUUUCGGCCGCUUCGAUGGCAUACGCAGUAACGCGGGCCUGCACCAAAGGCGAGCUCUCCGAAUGGUGCUCGUGCGACAACAAAAUAAGACAGAGAAAGCCGACGAAGUGGAAAUGGGGCGCCUGCUCCGACGACAUCAGAUACGGCGAGAAGUUCUCCAAAGAGUUCCUGGACGUGCGGGAGGAUCAGAACACCGCCCUGGGCCUGAUGAAUCUGCACAACAACGAAGCAGGACGGAGGGCGGUGCGGUCGCGCAUGCAGAGAACCUGCAAGUGCCACGGCGUUUCCGGCUCCUGCAGCAUGCAGAUCUGCUGGCGACGGCUGCCCACGUUGAGAAAAGUGGCCGAAGGCCUCUACAAAAGAUACGAAGGCGCUUCGCAUGUGAAGUACGUGGAGAGGCGCCGCAAGAAGCUGAAAGUGAUCAGCCCGGACUUCAAGAAGCCCAACCGAACCGACCUGGUCUAUCUAGAAGACUCGCCGGACUAUUGCGAGAAGAACGAAACCUUGAACAUUCUGGGGACCCGCGGGCGCGUCUGCAACCUGACUAGUCAGGGCAUCGACGGCUGUCCUUUGCUGUGCUGCGGAAGAGGCUACCAAACCAGAGUCAAGGAUGUAGAGGAAAAGUGCCAAUGCGCGUUCGUCUGGUGCUGCAACGUCGUCUGCAACACCUGCCGAUCGCGGAAAGAAGAACACGUCUGCAACUAGUUCUUCCAUGAAGAUGUCGAGUUCUUCUCACACAAGAGUCUUGAUCUACAGCUUUAUUUAUUCUUUAUCGUUUAGCUCAGAAGCUAUUUUUUAACGUGAUACUAUGCCCUAUCUGGAUUGGUCGACAUAUCCCUUCUAUGUGAAUGUAGUUGUUAGCUUUUUCACGUAGUUUUACUGUUCAAAAGGCUUUGGGCGCAGAACUGGCACCGAUUGGAACUUUACGUCCUCCUUAGCACCACCCUCGUCAGGGCUUUAUACUAUUUAGACUCAAAUCGUUACCAUUCUGUGCCACUUUCAAAGAUCUGAGCGCUCCGCGGUACUUAACUAGCGAGUAUUUUUACGUAAUAUACUGAAUGUGUCCCCUUAGAUUUGUAUAUAGUAACGUGUAUUCUAGAACGUAAAGAAUGUUUCCUAGUUGGUCGCAUGAAGGCGUCCCCAACCAAACCACCAAGACCUCACACGGGCAUUCGACAGAGUCCCCGGCUUCGUACGACCAACAUCAGCGCAUAACUUUGUACUUAACGAAUUUACAUAGACUACUGUAAAUAGAAUUUUAAUAUAUUUGCCUAGCGUGUAAGUCUUCUAGCUUAGCUAGCGCGUAGCGAUUAUAGAUAUUGUAAAUAGUCAUGUUAGGGUAGUUGGGGGGUGAUUUUUCGCACGCGAAUCAAAUUGGCUCCGGCUGAAAGCUGUGCCAUAAAAACCUGAGGACGAAGCAGCCCAAAUAAAAAAACGUCUUGAAAUCACCGCGUCGGAAAACAGAAACUUGUAGACUUUUAUGUAACCUGAUGAUAUUAUAAUAGAAGUACCUCGUAAAUUGACUUAACAGUAAUUUGUAUUUAUUAAUUUAAAUGUUGAUUGCAUGGAUAUGUGCAGUAUUAUUAAAAUCUUUGUGUAGAA